CGCUUCAUUCGCUCUCUCGUCUCGCAACCAGUUCGGACGACAGCUCCUCCGCUCGCUCGCUCGCCUUUUCUUCUGAGGUUCCCGCCACGGAGUCGCUUCCUGUUCCCGCUAUGUCUGAAGCCGAGGCCAAGCCCGCCGUUGCAACGCCCAAGGCGAAGGGUCGCAAGCCCUCUGCAGGAGGAGCCAAGAAGGCGAAGAAGCCCGUCAACCACCCGAAGUACACCGAGAUGGUGAAGAAGUCCAUCGAGGCCCUGAAGGAGCGUGGGGGUUCUUCCCGCCAGGCCAUCCACAAGUACAUCAUGAGCCACUUCGACGUCGGCAAGGACACCAAGGUAGUGAACACCCACCUCAAGCUUGCUCUUAAGCGUGCUGUCCAGUCUGGCCUGCUCAAGCGUUCCAAGGGCACUGGUGCGUCCGGGUCCUUCCGUCUCGCCGAGAAGGCGACCGCCCCGAAGAAAGCUGCAGGAGCCAAGCGCGGACCCAAGAAGGCAGCAGGAGGAGCCGCCAAGCCCAAGAAGGCUGCCAAGCCGAAGGCAGCAAAGUCUCCCGCCAAGAAGGCCGCCAAGCCCAAGGUGGCGAAGCCCAAGAAAGCAGCCGCGGCCAAGCCUAAGGUUGCGAAGAAGCCCAAGUCCCCAAAGAAGGCGAAGUCUCCCAAGAAGCCCAAGGUUGCGAAGAAGGCAGCGCCCAAGAAGGCGGCAGCGAAGAAGUAAGCCUCGAUCACCUCUUCGUUCAACCUGUGGCUACCAUCCCUCGUACCUCAUCGAACCCAUCCCUCACGCUCAUCAAAGGCGCGGUGCAGCUCUGCUACAAGCACGUAAGGCGCUAACCGAACUACGUCAUCUGCGUCAUCUCCAUCAAGGCUCACCCUCAUCCAGCCCCACAAACCCGAGUGCCGGCAUGCCACGGGAUCGCCGCAUCUGUAAAUAUCUUCAUCGAACUGCACCGCAUGGCGAGUUAUUUGUCACGAACUGUUAAAUUAUGUCAUUUGUCCUGGAAAACAUUAUCAUGUUUGUAAAUAGAUCAACCGUCACUCGCCAUGAACGUGUCGCUUUUAUAAUAAAAGCGUGUUCCUCAUCAUGAA